AUGUAAAAAAAAUCACUACAUCAACCCUUCUUGUUAACCCAAUUAGAAGUACCGUUUUAUUGUAGAGUUGUUCGGAAACAUUUUUUUAAGGAUAGAGUAUAUUAGUUAAAAUAACACAAUAACCUCAUUACUAUGACUUAUGUACUUGAGUUUGGUAUACUUUAGCAUUAAAAUACGGAUGCUCCGAAAUAUAUAAUGAACAUUGAAGAAUCCACCAAUUUCGAAUGGUUAAUCAAGCAGCAUAGAUUGGUUGGUUUCAAAUUCCCAUACCGAGGCAACUAGAAGGAGUUUUAUGCUGAUCAGACCGACCUUAUCUAACUCCGAAUGAGAUUGGGGAGCAAGAUGAUUUUUGUUAAUCUAACUUAAACCUAUAAGUAUCUUUCUACGUUAGAAGCUGGAUCGUUUGGUUAAGUUACUACAAACGAGUGUUGCUUUAAUAACAAGAAGGUGGCCAUUAAACAUAUAUUGCUAAAUGGAAAGAAAGACUAAUAGAGAACAAUAGAGAAUGAAAUUCAGAUUUUAAGAUCGAUCAAACAUCCGAGAUUAGUAGAGAUUUACGAAGUCUUUAAAACUGAACUAUAUUAUUAAAUUGUGACUGAAUUUAUUGAAGGAGAUAAUUUAAAACAACUAAUAUUCAAUAAAUCAAACCAAAUUAAAAAUGAAGAAAUUUUAGAAAUUAUGCAAUAAUUACUCGAAGCUUUGACAUAUCUCCAUCGGAACUAGAUUCUUCAUCGAGACAUCAAACCAGCCAACAUUAUGUAUCACAACAACAAACUCAAAUUGAUCGACUUUGGGCUUGCUUGUUAUGAUGGCAAACAAUUAAUUGAAAAUCCUAAUUGCGGUACAGAAGGCUACGUUGCUCCUGAAGUCCUCAAUGUCCAUCAGACCAAAAUUAAUUACGAUUUCAAAGUAGAUGUCUUUGGGGCAGGUUGCGUUCUCUACAUGCUUUUAACAGGAACUAAAUUUUAAUAAUCAAAUUAAUCAAAUGCAAGUUAUCAAAAAAAUAAAACCUAUCAAAAUAGCGAAAAUAGUUAACUAUUCGAAUUGGUCAAAAUUAUGACCAGGCCUAAUCCACUUGACAGGCCUUCAAGUUUUUAGAUUCUAGAAUUAAUUAGGUUAAUUAAAGAGAAUUGUGCCUAUGACAUCAGCCUAUGGUAUAGUAGCGCAUUUAAUCUCUCUAAUUCAACUCACUCCUAUCAGACUGCAUCCACUGCUAGGCAUAUUCACUCUUCCAAAAACUAAAAAAGUGUUUGCAGUUUCAAUAGUGCCAGAGGUAUAGGAUAGAACCUCUCCAAAUAAUUUUUAAAAUGA